CAAGAGAGGGGAAAGACAGGAAACGAGACGAGAUUUAUUGGUCGCCGUCGGACAAAAAAACACAAUUAGACAAAUCACAAAGGGGAGAGAGCGCGGAAAAGAGAGGGAGAACUGGGAAUCUGGGAUAGCUGCCGCCGAUCGGAGAUUGUUCGACGCUUUUGCUCCACAGCCUGGGGGAAGGCAAGUUUUACUUUCUAGAUAGAUCCUUCCUGUCUUUAGCUAUACAGUUCAAAAGUCGUUCAAUGAUUGUUUUUGUUCAACUCAAACAUGGCGAUCCUGCUGCCUAUCAUUACUCUUCUGCUCAAUGCUUUGCUUUGCUGCUUUUCUUCCGAUACACAUACACUCGAACCUUCCAGAUCAUUUGCCCGCUGAAAUGGCAAGUUAGGAAACUAAAGUCGAUCUCGUUCGUGUCUGCUCUGCACGUCAAUCUUUACCUUCUUGCUUGCUUAUGAAUCCUCUAAUUCUCCUCUCUUUUAUGUAAUUAUAUGUGCUUAGGGUUCCAUAGGAAUCGAAUCACCAGCACCGAGUUUGCCUCCGACGACCCUCACUUUUUUCUUCUGGUAAGAAUCCAGAGUCAACCCUCCUCUUCUUUCCGUCUUAUCUAAUCUUCAAAUUCUCUUCCCGAUCUGACAAUUCAGCUCAUAACUCGAUCCAUCUCCACUGAUCGAUCGUCAAGGUUUCCGCUCUUCUGAAUUCUCUUCUGUUUCAUAUUUUGUUUCAUUUGCUAUGUGGUGCUCCCCCUUCCGAUUCCAAGCAAUUCCGACGGAUCUUGCUGGGGAUGAAGAUGGUUUCCUGUUCUAAUUUGUUGUGUUAUGGUUAUUCUUGAGAUGCGGUGGGAACUAGUGCUCUGCUGCUUUCCGUUUCUCUUCAUUUCCGAUCUCUAAUUCUGUUGCUGCUCCUGAUUUUUGUGACAGAAAAAGGAAAAGAGACAAUGGAUGCAGCAGGGACGCGGUCGAGGUAUUGGUGUUACUCGUGUCAUCAAAUGGUGAACCCGAUCAGGGAAGUUGAGGAUGUCAAGUGUCCUCUCUGCCAAGGCGGGUUUGUGGAAGAAGUUGAUGGUGGUGGUGGUGCCACAGAUGCUCAUGCUCAUGACCCUGAUUCAGACUUCUCAUCCGAUCGCAACCUCUCCCUCUGGGCACCCAUUUUGCUUGGCAUGAUGGGGAACACGAGACGUCAAAGAAGGUUCCGGAGAACAGAUUUUGAGGAAGAUUAUGAUUACAGCGACGAGGACGGUGAAGCUCGCCGUGGAGGAGAGGUAGACAAUCACCUAGACCGUGAACUUGAAUCCAUCAUAAGGAGAAGGAGACGCAGCUCUGCUGCUAUCUUGCAACUGCUUCAGGGACUUCGGAGUGGAACCGAGAACUCUCUAGGAGACUCCGAUAGAGAGAGAGCAAGAUACCGAGACAGGGAAAGAUACAGAGACCGAGACCGAGACCGAUACAGGGACAGGGAGAGAGAGCGAGUUAUCUUGAUCAACCCUUCCAAUGAAGCAAUUAUGGUUCAUGGUUAUGAUUCGAAUGACAAUGGAGAAAGCCUGAAUGAGACUCACAUUGGGUCAUUGGGUGAUUACUUUGUCGGACCUGGUCUAGAUUUGCUGUUGCAGCACUUAGCAGAGAAUGAUCCAAAUAGGUACGGGACUCCACCUGCACAAAAGGAGGUGAUCGAGGCACUGCCCACGGUGCUAGUGAAGGAGACGGUGCAAUGCUCUGUGUGUUUGGAUGACUUUGAGAUUGGCAGUGAAGCAAAGGAAAUGCCAUGUAAGCACAAGUUCCACAGUGGGUGCAUAUUACCAUGGUUGGAGCUUCAUAGUUCUUGUCCAGUAUGUAGGUUUCAGCUUCCGACAAACAAGUCUGCGUUUGAUCCUGUGAGUGAGGCAACAAACCAUGGCGGCAGCAACAACAAUGAGGGAAGUACUAGCCAUGAAAGCAGUGGUGAAGAGGCAGAAGGGGAAGGGAGAAAUGAAGGAGGAAGAAGGUUCUCUUUCCCGUGGCCUUUCAGUGGGUUGUUUUCCUCUCCAAAUGCAAGCAAUUCGUCAGCAACCCCUUUGUCUCCUUCGGCAGCAAAUACACGUGGGUCCGGAACAAACUCUUCUGAAACGUACGAGAAUUGAGUGCAUUUCUCAUAAUCAAAACUGGUCUGGUUGGAUUUGUGUUGAUGUCAAAUCUUUGUUGUUUGCUUGAACAAUUGGCUUGUCAGUAAUGUAAAUACACGCAUAAUUGGAAAGGAUGAUGGUGUUAUUGAUCCGUCAAUAAAGCUGCUUGAAAGUUGGGUGAAUGACAAAUGAGUGGAGGUUGUCUUGUAGGGAAUCCAUCACCUGCCCACUUGACCCUUUUAUUUGAUAGGACCCGUUAAGGUUAGUACCCUACACUCUUUGUCUUUCAGCGAGCGUGUUGAAUUAAAUGCUAAUGUUGUCG